CAGUUCUUCAAGACGCCAUUGCCAGUUGGAGUUGUCCUGAGCUUUUGAGAAGGCUUGGAGAAGAUCCUGACUCAAUCCAGCUCGGUUACAUGCCUCGGAGCCGUCCCAUGUCUCGAAUUAUCAGCAAGCUAUCUGUGAUACGCAUGUGCCUUAUGUAUACGGUCACCCUUCCGGAGCCUCUUCGCGUGUAGCUAGCCAGAGGUGCUUCCCGCCCGUUUAAUUCUGUAUCUUUCAUUUGCUCUUUGCAGUUCCAAACUCCUCCCACGCAUGCCAACAUGGUUCUUCAAGGGAAGAAGAUUUACAAUAAUGCCCUGCUUGCAGGAGGGCUAUCAUUCAUCACCUUCGGGUGGGAUGCAGGUGUUCUGGGGGGCAUUCUACUGACCCCCGAGUUCCAGACGGCCAUGGGAAUGCCAAACACCACCACGAUAUCCAUGAUAACUUCAGUGUUUCUCUUGGCGUCGUGGUUGGGAUGUAUCAUUGUGUCGUUGUCUGGCCUCUUCUUGGGCCGAAGGACAUGGAUCAUCUUGGGAAGCUCAGUCCAGAUAGUUGGAACUAUCAUCUCUGCUAGUAGCUAUAGCUACGGCCAGUUGAUUGCUGGACGAGUCUUGAUUGGCAUCGGCAAUGGCUUCUGUACCUCAAUGGUGCCCAUCUUUGUCGCUGAAAUGGCAAUCAUCACUAGCAAGCGUGGUCAAGGUGUUAACGCCAUACUAGCUUGCGCAAGUCUGGGAACUGCCUUUGCCUACUGGGUUGACUUCGGGAUGGUGUUCGCUCAUAAUACUCAAGCCGUCUGGAGAUUCCCAGUUGCGUUCCAGAUUGUGUGGGCAUUGUUGACCAUCGGAUUCCUGCUACGAAGCCCAGACACUCCACGAUACCUCUACGCACGGGACCGCGAUGCUGAUGGAGAUGCUGUCCUGGAACGUCUUUACGAAAAGUCCAUCAGUGAUUCCGAGGUUGCUCUCGCAAAGCAGGACAUUUUAGCUUCUCUAGAACUCGAGCGCACUACGACUGCAGGCCUCCGUAUCAAGGAUUUCUUCUAUGAUACCUCCGACAUCCAAGCCGCGCGACGGAUACGCACUGGUAUGAUCCUCAUAGGUGUGGCGUAUCUCAUGGGCAUUGACAUGAUCUUCUACUACACGACUACCAUAUUCCAAGUAUACAUAGGUCUGGCACCUCUCACUGCUUCCGGCCUGGCCGGUGCAGCAACGUCGGUUCUGGCUAUCACAAACUUCGUGGGCGUAGUCUAUAUGGAGAAGUUCAAAAGACGCACUUGGCUCAUUUUUGGCGCAAUUGGACAGACAGUCUUCCUUGCUGCUUUUACUGGUUUGCUAUCUAGCCCUGGCCAUGCGACCGGUGCAGCCGCAGCGGCGAUGCUCUUCUGCUGGAUUGCAAUAUUUGGACCGACCUGGUGUCCAGUCACAUACGUGUAUGCUUCUGAAAUCAUGCCACUCCGUUACCGCCAUGUCGGUUUCGCUCUCAGUGUCUCCAGUCAAUGGUUGAUGGCAUUUGUUACGGUCUAUGCUGGACCUAUCGCAAUCGCUGAUCCUAACGUUGGAUGGAAGACUUGGAUCUGGUUCCUUGUUUUCAAUGCUAUCGCUGCACCAUAUGUCUACUUCUGCUGUCCUGAGACUCGCGGCCUCACCCUUGAGGGUAUCGAUCUUAUCUUCAUGUCGGCUAGGCUGCAUGAAACGCCUGCCGCGAAGCAGCUUGAACAUGACUUUGUGGCGGAGAGUACUGCGACCGACACCGAUUCCGGAAAGGAGGGGAACGUUGCUGUUGUUCCAGAGAAGGAGGUUUGAGCGGCCUUGAAAAGGGGACAUUAAGCGCUGUUACCGUACGCGGACCGUGUUCAAGGAUCAAAACCGUUUAAAGUCGAGGUCGAGGUUGCCGGGGAAAAGAGAUAAAACUUAGAUUCGCUCUCAUACAAGCCAAUAUCAUCGCCUUUGAGCUCCAAGCAAACACAAAUAUCAUC